GCUCUUCCGGGUCGUGCAGUCGUGUUUACGAAUAAACCGCGCAGCAUUACAUAAUCUCUCCUCGAUGGUGUAAUCCUUCGCUUUAUCCUCUUUUUACAGCUUACCGCGGUACUUUAUACAUUAAUAAUGGGUCCAAACAGGAUCUACAUCAGUGUGGGUUAUGCCACGUUCGGCAUGCUGGUGGGAUUUUCGGCGUUUAUCGUGUGGAAUGUGGUUUAUAAACAGCCAUGGACGGCGGCGACGGGCGGGUUAUCAGGCGUUCUGGCACUCUGGGCAUUGGUCACCCACAUUAUGUACAUUCAGGACUACUGGCGCACAUGGCUGAAAGGACUUAAGUUCUUCAUGUUUGUUAGUUUGGUCUUCUCCCUCCUGGCUGUUGCUGCUUUUGCCACCUUCAUAGCUUUAGCUGUUACAGAAAAGCAGUCAAUAACUGACCCCAAGAGCUUCUAUCUAUCUGCCGUGUGGAGCUUCAUGACUCUUAAAUGGGCCUUCCUGCUGGGCAUGUACUCCCACCGUUACCGCCAGGAGUUUGCUGACAUCAGCAUCCUCAGUGACUUUUGAUUGGCUCCUACAUCUGUAAUAGAUUUGUAGUUGCCAGUCGGUGGCUUCAAAUGCCAAUGUGGAGAUGGAAAGAAGGAUGGAUCUCCUUUUUAAAACCGUCUUACAGCCUACUUUGCUUUCACAGAAAAGACUCAAAUCUCAGUCCUUCUUCCCUCAGAUCCGGGCCUAAUGUCUGCCAUCUGCCUCUUUCCGGUCAUUUUGAGUUAACUGGAGGUUUUACAUUGACAUGUUUCAAAGGAAGUGGGUAUA